CUGAUCUACUGUGGUUUGAAAGGGAAAAGGCAAAUUAGGGCAAGGAAGAAGAAAAGGGUAUAUUUGUAAUUAGAGGAGAGAUGUAACUUUGAAAUUUAAAUAAGACCUAGAUGAGAUGGUGAUAAAAAAAUGAAGUAAGUGCCAUGUGGUCGUCCAACUCAACAAAAAUGGCCACCUAAGCAUCCAACUGUUAAAAAAGAUUCCAAGGUGUUUAAAAAGUCAAACUUAACAAGCAGUUAACGAAAUGAUGAUGUCACAUGACGUAGCACGUCAAAUAAUGGGUUAUUUGUCUAAGUCGAAAACUUUGUGGAAGGUGAAAGGAAAUGAAGAGAAAGAAGAAGUGGUUGCUGGGUUCGAUUUCAAACCCAACACACCUACUGGGUUCAAUUUCAAACCCAACACACCUGCUAGGUUCAAUCGAUCCAGUGACUAUUGGGGUUCGAAAAAACCCAAUUGUGCUAGGUUCCUUUGAACCUAGCUUUCAAACCCAGCAAAAGAGAGAAAUUGGAAGGAUCUAGAUCUAUUGUUGGGGGAGGGAUAGAGAGAGAAAAAAAUGAAAGGAUGAAAUUGCAGGUUUCAUUGGGGUUAAUUGCAGGUUUCCUCUUUAGAGUUUGUAGAAGGCAAGGAAGAAGAAAGAGAAUUUUUUAAC